AUGAAGUUCCAAGAUAUAGAGACAGAGUUUCGAAAGGACCUAGAGUGCCAACUUGACACUGGAGCGACAUGUAAUGUCAUGAGCUACGACGACUUGUCACGAAUAACCCAGAUCGGAUACCCAAAACUACACAGCUCGACAGCAAAACUCCGUUUGUUUGAUGGUUCGAUGAUGAAACCUCUCGGUGUUGCUCAUCUAAAAGUCGAAAGAAACCAAGUCACCGAAAACUUAGUGUUCCAAGUAAUCGAGACCAAGAAUAGGCCCCUGCUGUCGGCAGAAAUGUGCGAGAAAUUUGGGUUGAUCAAACUUAAUAUCGAGCCAGUCAACGUCGUCAAGGAAAGUUCACCACUUCUCAGACGUGAAGAAAUCCUAAGCGAAUAUAAAGACGUAUUCGAAGGUUUAGGACAUAUCGGAGACGCGAGUUUUUCGAUAGAUCCAGAGAGCACGCCAGUGCAACACGCGCCACGACGUGUCCCCGUAACACUUCACACAGAAGUUAAAGAGAAAUUGACUGAAUUAGAAAGGAAAGGUAUCGUUGUGAAAGAAACUGGUCCAACGGACUGGAUAAGUAGUAUGGUGGUCGUGGCGAAGCCAAACAAGAUCAGAAUAUGUCUAGAUCCCAAAGAUCUCAACAAAGCGCUGAAAAAACCGAAAUAUCAGAUGCCAACCCUCGAAGAGAUGCUCCCAAAGUUAAGUAAAGCCAAGGUCUUCACCACUCUUGAUGCGAAGGACGGGUUUUACCAGAUAGCUCUAGAUGAAGCAAGCAGCAAACAGACGACAUUCUGGACCCCAUUUGGCCGUUACCGGUACUUGCGUUUGCCAUUUGGUGUCAAUACCGCUCCAGAGGAGUUCGAGUGCAAGUUACAAGAGAAACUCUCGGAUCUACGCGGCGUGGAAGUCCUGAGAGAUGACAUGUUGGUGAUGGGUUACGGAGAUACACAAGAAGAGGCGGAGAGAAAUCAUGACGAAAAUCUCAAGGGAUUACUCGAUAGAGCACGCGAAGUUAACUUGAAGUUGAACAGCAAGAAAAUGAACUUACGGAGGACAGAAGUCAAGUUCAUGGGGCACCUUAUCAGCAGAGACGGUCUUAAACCUGAUCCAGAGAAGAUAGCAGCGGUACAACAUAUGCCGAAGCCCACAGGGAAACAAGAAAUGCUGAGCCUUCUUGGCUUUAUCAACUAUUUGGCCAAAUUCCUACCUAAGCUAGCCGAAAUUGCACAGCCUCUCAGGGACCUGACGUUAAAGGACGCCAGAUUUUUGUGGUCAUCCCAACAUGACAAAGCCUUUGCUGAAGUGAAGAACCUGGUGAGCAAACAUCCCGUACUGAAGUACUACGACGUAAGUGAAGAAGUUACGAUUCAGUGUGAUGCAAGUGAAAAAGGGCUUGGAGCAUCGCUUCUUCAGAAUGGCCAACCGGUGGCAUUGCUUCGCGGACAUUGA